AUGGCUACCCUAACCUCCGAACCCUCCACAAAGGAGAUCAUCAUCGGUCAAGUUAUCGAUGCCCUCGGCGAACAUGCCCUCGACACUGUCUCCCCUUCAGACAAGCAGCCCAUCCCCAGGCCUUUCCGCGGGCUCGGUGCACCCCACAACAUCAUGGUCGGUCUCGAAAAGGAGUGCCCGCGAUGGGCACCCGGGUCAGUCAUCAGAUGGGUCGCCCUAACCUCCGGCUUCAAAACCCCCGCCGACGCCUCCUACGCAGCAACCCACCUAAACCUCGCCUGCCAAAAGUGGAACGACCUCUCCAUCGGUGUAACCUUCGAAUGGGUCACCGACCCCAAAGACGCCACCUUCGCCCUCUGCCACGGCGGCGACAGCGGCGGCACCCUUGCCUCAGCCUUCUUCCCCAACGCCAACGACCUCAACAUGAUGCUCGUCUACAACCCCGUCUUUUCCAUGCCCCGGUGGAAGGCAAACCUAUGGAAGGUCUUCACCCACGAGCUAGGGCACGUUUUAGGGUUAAGGCACGAGUUCGCGGUGGACGUGAACCCCGAGACGGGGACCGUGUUUGAGGCGGCGGCGUCGGUGCAGUUGGGGCCGAGGAACGAAAAGUCGGUUAUGAAUUACUCGAGGGCCCCGCCAGAAAUUCAGGUUAGUGAUGUUGAGUCGACAAAGGCGUUUUAUGCGUUGAGGGAGGGGGAAGGGGGGGUGCCGGCGAUGGUUGGGUUGACGGAGGUGGUGGAUUAUGUGCCCAUGUAG